AUGAGGUUGACAAUGUGGGUGAAAAAAUGCCCUGGUCAGAUUAAAAAGAGAAUCAAUGCCGUUUCAAAGUCUCACAUUAUCAUAAGGGAGCUAAAUGACCCGACAAGGUUCGCUGUUUGUGAUAUCCAAGGAAAGAAUCAUCAUUGCACGGUUGGGAAUCCGCAUCUGUGCUCGUGCAGCGCGACACAGCCAUGCACUCAUACUCUCUCUGUACUGCUUUUGUUUUUCAAAGUAAGAGCAGAAAAUCCAAUUGUAUGGCAGCGUUACAUUAAUGAGGUGGAGCUUAGUGACCUUAUCGACAAGCGAAGGGCGGAAGAAAAAUGUGUUUUUUGCCAUGAGCAGACGCCACACAUGCGCUCAUGUGAAACAUGCGGUGUUAACUUUCAUCAUCUGUGCUUGGAACUAGCGUCCAAAAGCAGAAAAAACAGCCGCAACACCUGUCCAAAGUGCAAUGAAGCGGUGUCGGGGUCUGAGCAAAAAAGCGGUGCUUGCUGCAGCAACUGCAAUAUGACUUGGAAUACGGAGUUCUAUACAUGUCUCCUUUGCCCCCACUACUGUUUGUGCAGGCGCUGCUACACAUCAUCCAGAGUUCAUUCUUCACACCCUUUUAGCUGCAGCAAGUUGGGCGGCUUUGCACAGUCGACAGACAGCAUGGUAUUUCAUAAUGUGGGGGAUUUGCAAUACCGUGAGAUUAACCCGGAAGACUAUGACGCACUUCUCACGCUGGACAAUGACAAGAGAAGGCCUCUAGGAGAGGAGGAGCUCAGAGGACUGUCUGUCGAGUAUUUUAGUUUGCGCGCAAGGAGAAACGAUAGUUGCCCGGUGUGUCUAUGCGGAUUCGGGGCGUCCAGCAGGUGCAUUGCACUUCCUUGUGGUCACACAAUGCAUCACAAGUGUGGGUUCAAAUGGUUCUCUGAGCUUAGUGAUGUGUGCCCGAUUGACAAUCAGAAAGUAUGUAGAGGGAGGACGAUUCAAAAUGUACGGAUGGUUAGCGAGGGGGAAGCUUCCUCACAGGCCUCUACACGCGAUGGAAUGAGUUUGCGCAUUCCUUUGGCGAUAACAUCCCUCAGGCUUCCUGAGAUUAAGUCACGGCUACAGAAAUGA